GAUUCUUUUGCGCCUGCAUUCUUGGAAAAUCUCUUACACCCACUCGAUAUAUAGAUAGUUCUUUAAAUUUUCUUGUUUUGCUGCAGCUGCAUUUUAUGGUCUGAUUAAAGAAUAAAAAAAAGAAAUGGAUACAAGUGGUGACGUGUACAAAGCAGGAGGUAGUUUCAGAGCAAACAGUUCAAGCAUAUGGAGAAACACGGGCAUGGAGGUAUUCUCUCGAUCCUCUCGGGAAGAAGACGACGAAGAAGCUUUGAAAUGGGCUGCCCUCGAGAAGCUCCCGACUUUCGAUCGUCUCCGAAAAGGGCUUCUCUUCGGAUCGAAAGGCGCUAACGAAAUCGACGUCAACGAUCUUGGAGUUGAAGAUAAGAGGAGUUUGGUCGAACGCCUUGUUAACACCGUUGAAGAUGAUAACGAAAAGUUUCUUUUGAAGCUCAGAAAUCGAAUCGACAGAGUCGGGAUUGAUAUACCGACGAUUGAAGUGAGAUACGAGCAUUUGAAUAUCGGUGCGGAAGCAUAUGGUCAAAGUAGGGCUUUGCCUACUUUCAUUAACGCCAACAUCAACACGAUUGAGGGAAUAUUGAACUCACUACACAUACUUCCAAGUAGAAAGAAGCCAUUUACAAUCCUUAAAGAUGUGAGUGGAACCAUCAAACCAUGCAGGAUGACUUUGCUUUUAGGUCCUCCAAGUUCCGGCAAAUCCACUUUGUUGCUCGCUUUGGCCGGAAAGCUCGACCCAUCUCUUCAAGUUUCGGGGAGGGUGACUUACAAUGGGCACACGCUAGAAGAAUUUGUACCACAAAGAACAGCAGCGUAUAUAAGUCAACACGAUCUUCAUAUCGGAGAAAUGACUGUUAGAGAAACUUUGGCCUUUUCGGCUCGAUGCCAAGGUGUUGGCUCCAAAUUCGAGAUGCUGGCGGAAUUGUCGAGGAGGGAGAAAGCAGCAAACAUUAAACCAGAUCGCGACGUUGAUAUCUAUAUGAAGGCUGCAGCUACUGAAGGAGAUGAAGCAAAUGUAGUCACAGAUUACGUUCUCAAGGUUCUUGGGCUCGACAUUUGUGCCGACACUUUAGUCGGAGAUGAAAUGGUACGAGGUAUUUCUGGUGGACAGAAAAAGCGUGUCACAACCGGAGAAAUGCUGGUUGGACCAGCAAAGGCACUUUUCAUGGACGAAAUAUCGACCGGAUUAGAUAGUUCGACGACUUUCCAAAUAGUCAACAUGCUUCGACAAUACGUACACAUUAUGAAAGGAACCGCGUUUAUCUCACUGCUCCAGCCAGCACCUGAGACUUACGAUCUUUUCGAUGACAUCGUGCUCUUAGCCGACGGUCGGAUCGUUUAUCAGGGCCCACGAGAAAAUGUGCUCGAGUUUUUCGAGUCCAUGGGUUUCAAAUGCCCGGCAAGAAAAGGAGUAGCCGAUUUCCUACAAGAGGUGACAUCGAAGAAAGAUCAACAACAAUACUGGUCGAGAAAAGACGAGCCCUACCAAUUUGUCCCCGUCAGCGAAUUCGCAGAGGCCUUCCAAUCGUCCGCCGUUGGCCGACGAGUCGGCGAUGAGCUGGCAAUUCCGUACGACAAGACUAAAAGUCAUCCAGCCGCGUUGACCACGAAAAAAUACGGCCUGGGUGAAAAGGAGCUCCUAAAAGCGUGCAGUGACCGAGAAUACUUGCUGAUGAAGAGAAACUCGUUCGUUUACUUCUUCAAGAUCUUCCAACUUACGGUGAUGGCACUCAUAGCCAUCACUAUUUUUCUGCGAACGGAGAUGAAAAGAGAUACUAUAGCCGAUGGAGGGAUAUAUACGGGUGCACUUUUCUUCACCGUAACUAUGGUCAUGUUUAACGGAAUGUCGGAGCUUGCAAUGACUAUUUAUAAGCUUCCCGUUUUCUAUAAGCAACGGGAUAUGUUCUUCUUUCCUCCGUGGGCGUACGCACUUCCUUCUUGGAUAUUGAAAAUACCCAUCACGUUUGUUGAGGUUGCUAUUUGGACGUUUCUCACUUACUACGUGAUUGGAUUUGAUCCGAAUGUGGGAAGGUUGUUGAAGCAAUACUUGCUACUUUUACUCGUGAAUCAGUCAGCAGGGGCACUGUUCAGAUUCAUCGGUGCAGCUGGUAGAAAUAUGAUUGUUGCAAACACAUUCGGCUUGUUUGCCCUGCUCAUGCUUUUCGCUCUAGGUGGAAUUGUCCUAGCACGAGAGGAUGUAAAGAAAUGGUGGAUAUGGGCAUUUUGGUCAUCUCCUAUGAUGUAUGCUCAGAAUGCAAUUAUCGUUAAUGAAUUCACAGGGCAUAGCUGGAGCAAAUUGGUAAACGGAACGAAAUUAGGAGUUCUGGUGAUGGAAUCUCGAGGCUUCUUUCCUCAAGCAUAUUGGUUCUGGAUUGGAGCAGGGGCGACAUUCGGUUUCAUUAUUCUAUUCAACAUCUUUUACCUUUUAUCUCUCACAUUUCUCGACCCUUUCGAUAAAACUCAAGCUGUAUUACCUGAAGAAAACGAAGAAGCCUCUGUACGCCGAGUUUCAGCUCAAGGCCUCUCUUCCGGUUCUUCAUCCACAAGAACAGACGCAAUUGAAGCCAAUGCAAACCAAAAGAGAGGAAUGAUUCUUCCCUUCGAACCCCAUUCUCUCACCUUUGAUGACAUCACAUACUCCGUCGACAUGCCAGCUGAAAUGAAAGCGCAAGGCGCGGCAGAGGACAAACUCGAGCUUUUAAAGGGUGUGAGUGGAGCAUUCAGGCCAGGUGUGCUUACAGCUCUCAUGGGAGUAAGUGGGGCCGGGAAAACAACGUUAAUGGACGUCCUAGCUGGCAGAAAGACAGGUGGAUAUAUCGAAGGAAAUAUCACAAUUUCUGGUUACCCGAAGAAUCAGUCAACAUUUGCAAGAAUAUCCGGAUAUUGUGAACAAAACGAUAUUCAUUCUCCCAAUGUCACAGUUUACGAGUCCCUCGUUUACUCAGCUUGGUUGAGACUGCCUUCAGAUGUCGACGCAGAAACAAGAAAGACGUUUAUUGAGGAGGUGAUGGAACUAGUGGAACUUACACCGCUGAGAGGUUCGUUAGUUGGAUUGCCCGGAGUAACUGGGCUUUCGACUGAGCAGAGGAAAAGGCUUACCAUAGCAGUAGAGCUUGUGGCGAACCCUUCGAUUAUUUUUAUGGACGAACCAACUUCUGGUCUCGAUGCAAGAGCUGCUGCUAUAGUAAUGAGAACUGUUAGAAACACCGUAAAUACGGGCAGAACAGUUGUGUGCACUAUUCAUCAGCCUAGCAUUGACAUAUUCGACGCAUUCGAUGAGCUAUUUUUGAUGAAAAGGGGAGGAAAAGAAAUAUACGUGGGGCCAUUGGGUCGUCAAUCGAUCCAUUUGAUCAAAUACUUUGAAUCAAUCGAAGGAGUACCGAAGAUUAAAGACGGUUACAAUCCAGCAACAUGGAUGCUCGAAGUCACUACUUCUGCCCAAGAACUUGUCUUGGGUGUCGACUUUACUGACCACUAUAGAAACUCCGAACUCUACACACGGAACAAGGCACUAAUCAAGGAAUUAAGCGUUCCUCAGCCAGGCACAAAGGAUCUUUUUUACCCGACUAAAUAUUCACAAUCUUUUCUCACUCAAUGCAUUGCUUGCCUUUGGAAACAACACUGGUCGUACUGGAGGAAUCCACCUUACACGGCGGUUCGAUUCGUGUUCACGACACUCAUAGCUGUUACAUUCGGAACUAUCUUUUGGGACUUGGGAUCUAAAUGGAAAACUCAACAAGAUCUGUCAAAUGCAAUGGGUUCUAUGUACACUUCUAUUCUCUUUCUAGGGUUCCAAUACGGCUCCACGGUACAACCUGUGGUAGCGAUUGAAAGAACCGUCUUUUAUCGAGAAAGAGCAGCUGGAAUGUAUUCAGCUUUACCAUACGCAUUCUCACAGUUUCUCAUCGAAAUCCCAUACGUAUUCGUCCAAUCGCUAAUCUACGGUGUGAUAGUCUACUCAAUGAUGGGAUUCGACUGGACAGCCGAGAAAUUCUUCUGGUUCUUAUAUUUCAUGUUCUUCUCGUUACUGUACUUUGUCCUAUACGGCAUGAUGACUGUGGCUGUCACACCGAACCACAACAUUGCCGCCAUUGUCGCUACUUUCUUCUACUCGCUAUGGAAUCUUUUCUCGGGAUUCAUUGUACCACGACCAAGAAUCCCUAUAUGGUGGAGAUGGUACUAUUGGGCAACACCGUUGGCUUACACUCUGUACGGAUUGUUAGUGUCACAAUUUGGAAAAAUUCAGGAACCAAUGGAUAGUGGAGUUACGGUUGAACAGUUCUUGAAGGACUAUUACGGGUUCGAGUACGAUAUGCUAGGAAUGGUUGCGGGUAUACUUCUCGGAUUCGUUGUGCUUUUCACUUUCAUCUUCGCCUAUUCUAUCAGAGCAUUCAACUUCCAGAGGAGAUAAAACUACUAUUUUUUUUAUUUUACAACUAUUUAUUAAUUGUUUUUUUAAGGAAAUAAAAGGUUUGUUUAUGUUGUAAUAUUUUCAGUUGGCUUUCUUGUGUAAUAUUCGAACAUCAAAUAGAGUGAGUUCUAUCCACAUUUUAAUCUCAAUUUAUUUAUUUUAAUU